AUGGCUGCCCCAACACAUUCCAUUCAUACAGUAUUUUCGAUCGAGACCUACGAUAUUACCAAAAAAUUCGAUCGUUGGUUAAUGCGAUUGGAAAGCGCAUUCCAAGUUUUUCAAGUGCCUGAUGAUAAAAAAGCGGCCUAUUUACUCCAUUAUAUGGGGCCAGAUGCUUAUGACGUUCUAUGUGAUAAAAUAUCACCCCAAAACCCCAAUGAUACACCUUACGAAGACCUUAUAAGAGAAAUGAAGAACCAUUACAAUCCUGAGCCGUUGGAAAUUGCAGAAAAUUUUAGAUUCCUUCAAAGAAAACAAAAUGAUGGGGAAAGUGUUCAAGAAUAUUUGACGGCCCUACAACGCCUGGCAACAACUUGCAAAUUUGGUGAUUACUUGAAGAAAGCCCUUAGGAACCAAUUUGUUUUUGGUCUACGAACCCAAAAUAUUCAAAGUAGGCUAUUGGAGAUGAAGGAUUUGACAAUCGAGAGAGCCUUAGAGGUAGCGAUCAGCAUGGAAACUUCUGCCAGGGAUGCAGCACAACUUCAUCGGAAUAACCUGACCAGUUCUUCUGUGAAUAGUGUUAAAUGUGGAAAACAAAUGGGUGAUCGACCUUUGAAAAUCAAGGCUUCUUCAAAGCCUUCUUCUAAUGAUAAAAAUUCUAAUAAAUCUGCUUAUUGUUACAGAUGUGGCUCUCCUUCUCACUUUGCAAAUACAUGUAAAUACAUCUCUUCUAUCUGUUCGAAAUGUAAAGUCAAGGGUCAUCUGGCAAAGGUAUGUUUCAAAGGCAGACAAAUCUCCAGGAAAGCUGAGCAUACCAAUCAAAUUGAGGAAAUUUUUGCGGUAGAAUCAGAACAUGUAAGUUACAGAGAUAAAUACAUGGUAAAAAUCAAAAUUGAGGAUAAAUUAAUUAAUUUUGAACUGGACAGUGGAGCUGCUGUCACAAUAAUGAGUCAUGCAUUGUUUAAAAAGUCAUUUCCCAAAUUAGAAAUCCAUAAGACAGAUCUGAAAUUGGUUACAUAUUGCAAGAGAGUUUUGGAUGUUGUUGGCUUUUCAAGGGUGAAAUGCGUAUACGAGGGCAAACUAAAACAUUUGAAUGUCUACAUUGUCAAUACAGAUAGAUUGCCUAUUUUAGGUCGGGAGUGGAUACGUCAACUAAACAUAAAACUCGAAAAUUUAAAUAAAAUUGGUCAUGAACAAAAUUUACAAAAUAUUUUACAUAAAUACCCAGUUCUUUCAGAUAAUUCUAUGGGUAAAAUACUCAAUCUCAAAGCUCGCUCAAGGUUGAAGGAUAACGCGAAUCCGGUUUUUGUUAAAGCUAGGAAAAUUCCGUAUGCUUUGCAAGAUAAAGUUGAAGAAGAAUUGAGUAGGUUAGAAAAAGAGAAUAUUUUAGUCAAAGUAAAUCAAUCAGAAUGGGCUACACCAAUAGUUCCGGUUGUUAAAGCAAAUGGUAAUAUAAGAAUAUGCGGAGAUUUCAAAGUAACUCUAAACCCUAAUUUAAUUAUUGACGAACACCCGUUACCUUCAAUAGAAGAAUUAUUUGCAACAAUGUCAGGGGGAGAUAAAUUUACAAAAUUAGAUUUACAGCAAGCUUACUUACAAAUGGAAGUUCAUCCGGAAGAUCAGAAACUUUUGACAUUAAGUACGCAUAAAGGUCUUUAUCAAUGUACUCGUUUAUGGUAUGGAGUUGCUAGCGCCCCAGCCAUUUGGCAAAGAGAAAUAGAAAACAUACUUAAAGACAUACCCGGAGUAUCUGUAUUCAUAGAUGAUAUCAAAAUAACUGCACCAGACGACGAAACUCAUUACGAACGUCUAGAGGAGGUUUUGUCUAGAUUAGCUAAGCAUAAUAUUCGAAUUAAUUAUGAUAAAUCUGAAUUCAUGAAAGACAAAAUAGAAUAUUGUGGUUAUGUUAUUGAUAAGACUGGAAUACAUAAAGCACUAAAUAAAAUUCAGGCUAUUCAAAAUGCAAAAAUACCUAAAAAUAAAACAGAAGUUAGAGCUUUCACUGGUUUAAUAAACUAUUAUGGCAGAUUUCUAAAGAAUUUGAGCUCUAAGUUAUAUCCGUUAUACAAUUUACUAAAAGACGGCGUAGUAUUCAAAUGGGACGCAAAAUGUCAGAAAGCCUUUGAUACGGUAAAAAAAGAAAUCAUGUCAGAUAGGGUACUUGCUCAUUUUGAUCCACAACUACCUUUAAUAUUAGCUACCGAUGCUAGUCCCUAUGCUGUCGGGGCUGUGCUGUCGCAUAUAUAUCCGGAUGGUACAGAGAGGCCUAUACAAUUUGCUUCACAAGUUUUAUCUUCAGUUCAACAAAGGUAUUCACAAAUAGACAAGGAAGCUUAUAGUAUCAUUUUCGGUGUUAAAAAAUUCUUCUACUACCUCUAUGAAUCAGCUCAAAAUUCUGAGAUAAAUUUAGAAAAUUCCUGUAGGGAAAAUACUGAGGAGAAUAAAGAUUCUGAACAGACAUUGAACAUAACUAAAGCUCCUCAAACGGAAAUACCAAAACAGUUGCCUGCUCCAGAUGAUCCUUGUACCCUAGGGAGGUCCACACGCAUACGAAAAGCACCAUCAAGGUUAGGUAUGGAACCUUUGUAA